AUGCCGCUCAAGAUUCGAUACCGAGCUCCCUCGGGACCCGGGACUCUCGACCUCGAUGACGAUGCCACAGUCAAGCAGUUGUUUGAUGCUAUAAAAGAAAAAACGAGCUCGAGUGACGUUACGAUCAAGUAUGGGUGGCCACCGAAGGCUUUAACCACAGAAGAAGCUGGCGCGUCUAUCGUGUCUCUCAACCUUCAGCGCGAAAGUCUUACUGUCGUACUUGCUGAAGCAGCCGCUCCGAGCCCAAGUCCUGCACCUUCGUUACCGCAACCAUCUGCUCCGUCGGCAACGAUAGGCCCUGAAGCUUCUCUAGGCCAGAAGGACGUGAAGGAUGGGCCAGUUACAGUGCAGAUGCCUCAAACAGGGACCUACCUAGUUUUGCGAGUAAUGCCCGACGACAACUCAUGCAUGUUCACUGCAAUCGCCGGUGCCCUUCGUGGCACAAACUCAGGCCUCGACGGGUCUUCGCCAGAGAAAUUGCGACACAUAGUGGCAGACCAUAUCCUUGCAAAACCCGAUGUAUAUACCAAAGUCGUCCUCGAGAAGGAACCCAGAGCAUACUGCACUAACAUCCUUCGACCCGAUGUAUGGGGAGGUGCGAUAGAACUUGGUAUUAUAUCUGAGGUAUUCGGGAUUGAGAUUUGUGUGGUAAAUGUUAAGGAGGGCACCAUCAUCAAGUACGGCGAGGAUCAGUACGAUCUUCGUUGUGUACUUGUUUGGUCGAAUAUCCACUACGAUCGCGUGGCCGAGAUCUUCACCGAAGACCAAGUCGAUGACUCGUUCGACGUGACAACCUGGAAUCGUCUUGAGAGCGACCACAUCCUCCAGAGUGCUAAGGACCUCUGUCGGAAGUUGAAGGAGGAAUAUCAUUACUUUACCGACACAAGUGAUUUUGUUGUCAGGUGCAAUCAAUGUGGGUGGAUCGGCCAAGGUGAACAGUCUGUUGUCCUGCAUUCAAAACAGACCGGCCAUAUCGCCAUUGAGGAGAUACCGGAUCUUUCGUGA